GAAGCUUUCUGUAUCCAAUUCCAUUACAAUGAACCAUUCCAGCAUUCUCCAGCCCUAACCGCCACUCAUGCUACCUCCCUCUCUCCUCCGACUUCCCCUCCGCCUUCCCUCCUCCCCCUCGUCCCUCUCCCACCUCCGCUCCCCCAUCCGCGCCUUCACGACCACAUCCCUCAACCUCCAAAAGCACUUUCCCCCUCGCCUCGUCAUCCCAGACAGCGACAUCGAAGAGAACUUCCUCAAAGGCAGCGGGCCCGGCGGCCAGAAAAUCAACAAGACCUCGUCCGCCGUCCAGCUCAAGCACCUCCCCACGGGCAUCGUCGUGAAAUGCCAGGAGACGCGGUCGCGCAGCCAGAACCGCAAGCUGGCGCGGAAGACGCUGGCGGAGAGGGUGGAGGAGCUGAUGUUGGGGGAUGAGGCGAGGACGAGGGUGAAGGCGAGGGAGAGGAGUAGGAAGAAGGCGAGUGCGGAGAAGAAGAAGCGGAGGAAGUAUAGGGCUUUGGAGGAGGCGAAGGCAGCGGAGGGGACGGAGGGAGGGGGUGAGGGGGAUGGGGAUGCCGCUGUGGAGAUGGAGAAGGAUACCAUUGAGCCUGGAAAGGGUGGGUGAGCACGGCAUAGCUUUGGAUCUUGAUACACUAUAUAGGGAGCGAGUUGGGCCUGCGAGCCUUUGCGAGAAGGAGAAGUGAUUGUCGGUGACGAGGCUCUUCACAUUACAGCUGGAGAGGAUGAAGUUAUUUAUGUAGAUAGUAGAGCUAUGAGCUUCCGCGGGAAAGGGCAGUACGCACCACGAGAAGACUCUUCACAGGGCCUGAAGAUGAGGAACAGUUGCCGGACAUGUAGACAAGGCGCGACAGCUUUGAGAGGAAGCCAUGCGAAUGGUCAGAUAGUGUUAGAUAAAUCUCUGACGAGAAUGCACACCAGAG